GGGACUCUGCGGGAUGAGUUGUUAAAAGACAUACAUAAUGUAUCUUAUGCAGUACCACGCAACUGAGAACGUGAAUUAGAAACACGAAGCCACAACAUUUUUUAAGAAGAACUGAUUCAUGCCAUCGUUGUUCAGUGCUGUCCAUAUCAAACCUUGUGUCACGGUGUUUUAUUGGUGUAUAAAAAACUUUCGAACGCGAGACUUUAAGUGAAAAUCGGGUGGUGAGUCGUGGUUGACAGGCAACAAAAAACGGCAAUCACUGACAGUCUAAUAACGAAUGCAAACUUGGUGAUUGGAAUUUACGGGAGGGAAAAUACAGUGAUGAAUUCUAAGCUGCGCAUGUUUUUGGUUCUGUGUGUCGUUACAACUGUCACUGCUGUUGGAUAUAAAGUUACACUUCCGCCAUCCAACGUUGGACCCAUGUUUGUUGCUCCAGUCGGCAACCAAACUGCAGCGACUGGUCGUGAAGCGAUCUUCACUUGCAGUAUACGCAACAUUGACAAAUAUAAGGUGGGCUGGCUACGUACUUCAGAUCGUACGAUACUUUCUGUUCAUACACGAACAGUUACGCACAAUGCGCGGAUAUCCGUUUCCUACGAAAGCGGUAGCGGCAAUAGCGGUACAACCAAUUUUGUGACCAACCAAUCAUUAGAAGAUACAAAUAUUGGUACUUGGCGACUCCACAUACGUCACCUUAAGGAAUCUGAUCGAGAUUGUUACAUGUGCCAAAUUAACACAAGUCCGAUGAUAUCAGAAGAAGGUUGUUUGGAUAUCCUGGUUCCACCUGAUAUUGUUUAUGGUGGUGAAACAAGUGCAGAUCUAGCUGUCUCAGAGGGUGAUAAUGCUACAUUGACAUGUCGCGCAACUGGUCGUCCAACUCCCAGGGUGUCAUGGAGGCGAGAAGAUGGCGAACCUGUUCUAACGAGGUCGUCAUCCUCAACAUCUUCAGGGGUGGCAAAUCUAAUAAGACACGAUACAUUCAACGGAUCAGUUUUGCAAUUGCACCGAGUCGAAAGAAAACAAAUGGGAGCGUAUCUCUGUAUAGCGAGUAACGACGUUCCCCCAGCAGUAAGCAAACGCGUUACUUUGGCAGUUAAUUUCGCACCAGCAGUUAAAGUCCCAAAUCAACUGCUUGGAGCACCAUUGGGAACUGACGUUCAGCUGGAAUGCUACGUGGAAGCGUUUCCCAACACGAUAAAUUAUUGGCUGAAGCACCGCGGAGAAAUGUUACUGGAUGGGCCGAAGUACAAUAUAAGAGAAGAUCGAUCCGGUUACAGAGUACUAAUGUGGUUACUCAUUAGAGGGUUCACUCAGGAAGAUGUUGGCACUUACAAUUGUGUAUCAACCAAUAGCCUUGGUAAAGCCGAAGGCACUUUGAGACUUUAUGAAAUCAAGAUAUUCGUUGAUAUCGGUAGACGGGGCAACGAUGAGAUUGCGAUCUAUGGAGGUUCAGCGGAAGCUGCGCGUGGCUCGGGUGCACUUCAAAGUGGAUUGUGUUUGAGCACAGACUUUUCGCGUAGACUCAGCUUUGUAUUAUGGUUCAUGUUACAAAUGUUCAGGCGCUAUUAAAUGUGUACGUGGCAUAUGGGAAACCGGAAAUCAAUAUAGUGAAUCAAUGGUGAACAAUAAAUCACCCGAUUGACAAGUGCCAAAACGACAAUUGUUAAUAUAGUAAUAUGAAGAUACACGGACAAAUGAAUUAUCAUGCCAAAUAAAAGACGUAGUUUUACAACGUCAAAUUUAACCGUACAGCGUGAAGUGGAACGAACAAGAUUAACGUUAACGUGGAUCACUAGAUCAUCCAAAUAUUGUGUACAGAAAUUUAUGUGAACAUCGACGUUCAGCGGACUUAUGUGAAAAAAUGAUAACUGAGCAUGUGAAUGAUGACUUACUAAAUAUGCACAAGAACCCGCCGUAACGGCAAUAUGAUUCAUAACUUCCGAUUGUACAAAUAUUCUUGUUGAACAGUGGCUUCAAUAAACCAAUUACGCACAGAUCGGUUAGCCAAACUAUUACGUUAUUGUAGUCGUACAAUACAGACUAUGAAUCAUAUUGUAAUUUUGCAAGAAAAAAAAAACAAAAAAACAAAUGAGAGGUAUUAUUUUAAGAAUUUAUUUUAAAGUACCUAUGUAUGUUUUCGAG